AUGGAUGAUGUUUCCGUUAAUGGCAUUAGUAGUAAUCAUACUAAUAGUGAUACUAACAAUGAUAGCAAUGAUGGCAAACACCAAAAACAACACCAACAACACCGACAACAACAACAAUCGGACAUCAAAUUAUUUGACGACCCGAGAACACCCCGUAUACUAAUGAGAAUACUGUUCCCGCUUUGGUUUGGCAUAUAUCUAAUGGUGGAGACAAUGUUUCUACGAUUUGCUGUCACAUACUACCAGUACUCACCUCAUCGGCUAUCAGCUACCGAAGCCGGCUAUAUGUUUACAAUCGAUACGGCUGUCUAUUCGGUGGCCCGAUUUGUCAUCACUUUUCUAUCAAUGUAUCUAUCGGUCAACACAAUGGUAGUCACACAUUACAGUCUACUGGUAGUGGCCAUCGUAUUGCUAGUUAUUGGUCACUGGCAUCUGACCGUACUAUGGGUGGCCACCUGUACGGUGAUGGUAGCUUUUGCACCGUUAUAUGCGGCAUGCUACUCGUUUACGGCCCAAUAUCUGACAAUGACCAACAAACUAUCAAAUGGUUUCCUAUUUUGUAGAGUUUAUCAAAUAUAA